AUGGCGAAGAGAAAGCGCAACAAUGCCUCCAGCAAUGCCGUGAAGAAGCAGGCGACAGCAAGUCUUCCCAGUCCUCCACACGAGAAGGAGACUGCUCUAGGAGCUCCAAGCAUUCACGCUGUGAUCUCACCGGAAGAAAUGGAAAUCGCUGUGGAAACACUUGAAUCGCUGACAGAACAUCCGGCUUUGAUCAAGUCGAAGGCGUGCAAAGAGCUCAGGGCGGCAGUGUACAACUUUCGCCAGGCGAGCACCACAGGAAUGGCCGCGGCUGAGAACAGCAACCUCACAGGGCGCAUAUCUGCAGCACUUACAGACGGCAAGUACACAGAUGCCAUGAUUCUCCUCGCAGAGAUGCGAAUCAGGAAAGAAACACCAACGCUCGGUGCCCUGUGCCGCUGGGUACGCACAUUGGACGUGAUUUCGGGUCUCUCGAUUCACGUACAGGUGCCCAGCCAGACCGUAGUGGGCAAGAAUGCUUCGAAUGAGGAACUAGUACAUGUUCUCGAUGCUAUCCUCCGAGUCACUGGCCCAACAGACACCACAUCCCACGGCAUCGAUGCAACAUCCGGACCCAUUUCACUCCAAGAGACAUGGAAUCUGCGCCCUGCCACAGAACCGACACGCCAGCUUCGCCGCAGCAUCGAAGACAAGUCUAUCUUUGCAUCCUCGGUUAUCAACAAAGACAGCUUCCGCAUCAUCGAAACCACGCCUGGUCCGCUCCGCAAACCGCCCAAUCUCCACCCUGCUGUCCUCUUCGCCUCCCAAGAUGACACUGUCCUACUUGGCGAAGGCCCCAAGGCAGAAUGCUACAAACACCCGAUUGUGCCCGACCUGCGCCUCAUCAAAGACGUUCUAUCUCCCGAGGAAUGCUCAUCCAUCAUCGCUGCAGGUGAGACGAUGGAAUUUAUCCCCGACGCGCCGAUGCGGCCCCAGGGCGAGGACACAAGCAUCCUCGCGCACAACUUCUACUGGAUCAUCGACCAGGCGUUCCACGACAAACUGUGGUCGCGGGUCAAGGCGUUUGUGCCCGAGUCCCUGGGCGGGAGAGCGGUGCGCGGUAUCAACAGAAGGUUUAGGGUGUAUAGAUAUGUGCCUGGUGCGGAAUAUAGGUGUCACAUUGACGGCGCAUGGCCACCUUCAGGCAUCGAUCCUACCACCGACGCAUACCAGUAUGAUUCCUCGCCGGCUGGUGCGAAACAGUCCAGCCUGUUCACAUUCCUCAUCUACCUCAAUGACGACUUUCGUGGUGGGGAGACGACCUUCUUCAUACCGAGUGUGAAGGAGGGUGUCAUCAACGCAUACCCGGUCAAGCCGAUCAUGGGCAGCGUGGCUGUGUUCCCGCAUGGUGAGGCGGCAGGCGCGCUGCUGCACGAGGGUACGGGCGUGGUCGAGGGUGCAAAGUACGUAAUCCGCACCGACGUCGAGUACGAUGUAGAUGCCACGAUCUGA